CGCCUUCAUCUUCUCCUCCAAAGCUGGAGUCGGAAAUCUAGCGAUCGCAAUCGGAAGAGGCGGAGAGAAGGGAUGGAGGAUUAUACGCAUCUUCUUCAGCCUGUGAUAGCUCUGCUACUUUCAUCAUUCAUAUCCUUCAGAGCUUAUAGAAAGAAAUCUCUUGAUCUUUCAGGUGCUCUUACAGGAUUCUUCAUCGUCGGAAUUCACAUCGCUGUAAAUUACAGGAUCGGAGCUCUGAUACUCGUUUUCUUCUUUACUUCGUCUAAGCUCACCAAGGUCGGUCAGGAGAAGAAGAGGAAAAUCGAAGAUGAAUUCAAGGAAGGAGGACAACGGAAUUGGGCACAAGUUUUAUGCAACAGUGGUGUUGCCACUGUUCUAGCUUUGAUUUUAUGGAAGAUCAAUGGCUCUGAAGACAUGUGUUUGAAUACUGAAGAAUCAGUUUCUAUAACAUGUCUACUUGGCGGUGUAAUUGGUCACUACGCCUGCUGCAAUGGAGACACGUGGUCUUCAGAGUUGGGUGUACUCAGUGAUUCGCAGCCUCGAUUAAUCACAACCUUAAAGCCAGUUAAGAAAGGAACUAAUGGUGGAGUGACAAGAACCGGAUUUCUAGCAGCUGCUGCAGCUGGCGGUGUUGUUGGGUUAACUUUUCUGGUUUUAGGUAUUUUCACAACAAGAUGUGCUUACAAUGUAGCUUUGAAGCAACUACUUGUCCUACCAUUAUCUACUCUGGCUGGAGUUUUUGGAAGCCUUAUAGAUUCUCUCCUCGGAGCUACACUACAAUUCAGUGGAUUUUGCACUGUCCGCAAUAAGGUUGUGGGGAAACCGGGACCAACAGUGAAGAAGAUCUCGGGUCUUACGAUUCUCAACAACGAUGCAGUAAACUUGGUAUCAGUGCAAUUGACAACUAUCCUUACUUCCAUUGCCUGUUCCUACAUUUUCUAAUAAUUCCGGGCACGGCACUAUAUACUUACAGCCAAUAUGAUAACCAUUCACGGAAUAGUUUAUCAAGCAAUUUCUCGCCUAACUCCCUAAAUAGUAGGAAGAGGGUACUUUACAAAUAAGUGUAAUUUCUUCCAAUUCUAUACAUUUGUCAACAACACUAAACUUCCUUUUGAGAAGUGUUAGAACAAAGGAUCCUCCUGCAAGGAAAAAAGCGUGCAUUUGACAUAAACUUAUUUAUUAUUGGCAAAAGGACAUGCAUAUUCAUUAGCGUGAAACACAAAUACACUAAAUGUUUACAAUUA